AUGACGACUUCAGUAAAGGAUAGACCAGACUUAACGUUUGAUAACCAGCAAGGCGAACAAGGAUUUUGUGCCUUUAUUAGAGGGCUUCCGCAGAAAUCGAAUAACACUAUACGAUUAUUUGAGAGAAGUAAUGGGGAUUAUUAUAGUAUCCAUGGAGAUGAUGCUUUAUUUAUCGCGCAAGAUUUUUAUAAAACUUCCUCUGUGAUUAAGUACUUGGGCGGUGAUAUGAAUAAGGGAAUCCCUAGUUGCACGUUAUCACGUUUGGCAUGCGACACAUUUUUACGUGAUGCUUUAUUAAAUAAACAAAUGAGAAUUGAGAUUUGGGUUCAAGGAUCAAAGGGUCAAUGGAAAUUAGUCAAGAAUGCUUCUCCAGGAAAUAUUCAGGCAUUUGAAGAUCAUUUAUUCUCUGAUGUUGAAAUUUCGGCCUCCCCUAUAGUAUUAUCAGUUAAAUUAGGAAUGCAAAAAGAACAAAAAAUUGUAGGUGUUUCCUUUGCCGACACAACAAUUAGAGAAUUAGGUGUGUCAGAAUUUAUUGACAAUGAAUCGUUUUCGAAUUUUGAGUCUUUACUUAUUCAACUUGGAGUUAAAGAAUGUGUGAUUCCCUUAGACGAAAAAGAUUAUGAUUUAUUAAAAUUAAGGGAUAUCAUUGAAAGAUGUGAUAUUGUUAUCACUGAACGCAAGAAAAGUGAAUUUACAACCAAGGAUAUUGAACAAGACCUUAAUCGCUUGCUUGGUGAUGAUAUAUCUGUGAUGUCUCUUCCCGAAUUUGAGAUGAAGCAUGCUAUGGCUUCCUGCGAAAGUCUUAUUAAAUAUCUAUCGCUUAUGACCGAUGAAAAUAAUUUUGGUCAUUACAUUUUGAGACAUCAUGAUUUGUCACAAUAUAUGAAAUUAGAUACUUCAGCGUUAAAAGCAUUGAAUUUGAUGCCGAAUACGCAAGAAGUAUCAAAUAAGAAUACGAGCUUAUUUGGUCUUUUGAAUAAAUGCAAGACUGCUCAGGGUUCUAGACUGUUGCGUCAGUGGUUGAAACAACCAUUAAUGAAUAUGAAAGAGAUAGAACUAAGACAAUCAUUAGUAGAAAUCUUGGUGGAGGAUACGGAGCUUAGACUAUCUAUACGGGAAGAACAUUUGAAGAACGUUCCUGACCUUCAUCGUUUGGCAAAACGAUUCCAAAAGAGAAUAGCCUCGUUACAAGAUGUUAUACGCGUCUAUCAAGUAGUAUUAAAGCUUCCCAAGUUGAUUGAAGCUUUAGAAUUGUUUGAUUCUAUGAAUGACUCCAACAAAGAACUUAUUGAUGAAAUAUAUAAUAUAAAACUCAAAGAGCAUUACAGUGAACUUGAAAAGUAUCAAGAGAUGGUUGAAACUACAAUUGAUUUGGAAGCCGCCGAUCAUCAUCACUUUAUGAUUAAGGCUGAUUUCAAUUCGGAGUUAAAAG